GCUGUGUCUCUCGCCCUCUCCCCCUCUCUGCUCCACAUCUGCUGUCAGAGCUCAGCUCAGUGCAGUGUGAGCGCGCCACAUAGAUACACGAGAGCUCGGAUGGAUACGUUUCUCCGCCUUAAUCAGCAUUUCUAAAGGAGGAUUGGAACAAAAGAUCUGGACUAUCAUCAAUUAUUAUGGAGACCAUCUUCUGUUGUACGGAUCUCAAAGCAUCAUCAGAAGACGGAAGGGGAAAGGCGAUGCCAUGUCCUUUAAUUGAGUAAAGAUUCUUAGAUACCACAUAUCAUUUUUAGCACCAUCCAUAUCUGCAGACAUGAUGGAUUUCUUCUUCCGUGGCCGUCAGAAGAAACCGAAGCACGGUGCUGCUCUUCAGACCAGCAAAGCCAGGAGGCGCUCUAGUGCGGGUCUGCCUUCCGCGGCGUUGGUUCAGUCCAGGCGCUCCUCGGUGGGCUUACCUCCGGUGUGUGCUGAGCAGCGCCGGCGCCCCAUUGUGGGCUCAUUGGUGGCUACUGGACAAAGGCGCCACUCCAUCAUAGAGGUAGGUUUAACAAGUGAAGCAGAGGGAGGAUCUGGAAGAGGAACUGAGAGAGCUGAUGGAGUCAUCACGAGAGGAAGGCGGGGGUUUCAGUACAAACCUCACCAUGCUCGUGGUGGCAUUCAGCGUGGGAUGGCACUGCGAUAUCGACGUCCUUCUAGAAUCAAAUCUAUUGAAUCUCAUUUAUUCGGUUCCUCUUUGUUACUUGCAAGUGUAGUCCAGAUGGGUAGAGAAGUGAAGGAAGAUGAAGAGGAGGACACCUCUUCCUGUUCGGAGUCUGAUGGAGAGGAAGGGAGUGAGGAACGGGAUAUGAGCUUGAGGACUACACAUUGGUACUUAACCCAGGCAGACAUUAUGGAGAACAUUAAGCCCCGCCCCUUGCUCCGCCCCCCUCGCUGCCUGAGACGAAACUCCUCCCACCCCCUUCCAGACUCAGGUUAUGGGGUUUACGGACGGUAUAAUCGACGUGGGUCAAGUCAAGUUCAGUGGACAGAGAAGAUGAAACAGAUCCAGACCUCCACGAUCAGCCCCAGCCUGGGUCAGCUAGCCUCUGCGGGGCGGAGUUCCGAGGGGGGGGCUGCUCCAAUAAACAGGGCCCGCUAUGGCUCCACUCUCCAGAAAAGCACCUCUUCACCACUAGGGGGGGCCGAGGGAACCAUAUACUAUGACCCUUAUCUGGAAACAUGGGAGAACUUCCUGACGAAAGCCAUAGCUAAGUCGGGCCUGCAGACGCUGCCCUGCCAGCCCAGCACAUCCUCCCUGACCAGAACCGACUCAGAGGCACACAUCCGCAGCACUUUGGACUGGACUGAGGCGGCUCAGUAUGGAGAUCAUAUCUGGUAUGAGACCAAUGCAUCUGGAGACUACUGUUAUGUGGGGGAACAACACUGUAUAGCCAGAGCACUGCAAAAGUCUGUGAGUCGCAGGAAGUGUGCAGCGUGUAAGAUCGUGGCCCACACCAUCUGUAUAGAACAACUGGAGAAGAUUAAUUUCAGGUGUAAGCCGUCUUUCAGAGAAUCCGGCUCUAGGAACAUCCGCGAGCCCGCUGUGGUGCGUCAUCACUGGGUGCAUCGGAGAAGGCAAGAAGGCAAAUGUAAACAAUGUGGGAAAGGCUUCCAGCAGAAGUUUGCGUUCCACAGUAAAGACAUCGUGGCCAUCAGCUGCUCCUGGUGCAAACAGGCUUACCACAACAAGGUGUCCUGCUUCAUGCUGCAGCAGAUUGAAGAGGCUUGCCCAAUAGGAGCUCACGCUGCACUCAUAGUCCCGCCCACAUGGAUCAUUCGCGUCCGACGCCAGUCAUCUAUGAAGUCCAGUAAAAAGAAGAAGAGAACAUCAUUCAAGAGGAAAAGCAGCAAGAAAGGAGCCGAGGAAGGACGGCAGUGGAAACCUUUUUUAAUCAGACCCAUCCCUUCACCGCUGAUGAAACCUCUGCUGGUGUUUGUCAACCCCAGAAGUGGAGGGAACCAGGGAACUAAGAUCAUGCAGUCCUUCAUGUGGUAUCUGAACCCCAGGCAGGUGUUUGACCUGAGCCAGGGAGGACCACAGGAGGGUUUGGAGCUGUAUCGCCGAGUGCACAACCUGAAAAUCCUGGCCUGUGGGGGGGAUGGAACUGUGGGCUGGAUCCUCUCUUGUCUCGAUGAACUGGCGAUAAAUCCUCAGCCUCCUGUUGCUGUGUUACCACUGGGGACAGGAAAUGACCUCGCCAGGACCCUCAACUGGGGAGGGGGCUACACAGACGAGCCUCUGUCUAAGAUUCUGUCCCAUGUGGAGGAUGGGACUGUUGUCCAGCUGGACCGGUGGAAUCUACAGGUUGAACCAAACCACAGUGCAGGGGCUGAACCUGACGAACAGCAGACUGAUAAGCUCCCUCUAGAUGUUUUCAACAAUUACUUCAGUCUUGGAUUUGAUGCCCAUGUGACUCUGGAGUUUCACGAGUCAAGAGAGGCCAACCCAGAGAAGUUCAACAGUCGUUUCAGAAACAAGAUGUUCUAUGCUGGGACAGCGUUCUCAGAUUUUCUGAUGGGAAGCUCCAAAGACCUGUCAAAGCACAUCAGAGUGGUGUGUGACGGGACAGAUUUGACCUCAAAGGUUCAGGUGAAGCUGCAGUGUCUGGUGUUCCUCAACAUCCCCAGAUACUGUGCAGGCACCACACCAUGGGGUAACCCCGGAGACCAUCACGACUUCGAGCCUCAGCGCCAUGAUGACGGAUACAUCGAGGUCAUCGGGUUUACUAUGACCUCACUGGCUACUCUCCAGGUCGGAGGUCAUGGUGAGAGGUUGAACCAGUGCAGAGAAGUCACCCUGACAACUACCAAACCACUGCCAGUACAGGUGGACGGUGAGCCGUGUAGACUGGCUCCCUCUGUCAUCACCAUCAGCCUGAGAAACCAGGCCAACAUGAUCCAGAAGACCAAACGCAGGACCUCACUGCCACACCUCAAUGAUCAGCAGCCGGUGCCUGAGAGGCUGAGGAUCAGAGUGAGCAGGAUCAGCAUGACUGACUACGAGGCUCUGCACUACGACAAGGACAAACUACGGCAAGCAUCCAUUCCUCUGGGACUCAUCGUGGUGUCUGGUGACAGCGACUUAGAGACCUGCAGAGAACACAUCCAGCGUUUACAGGAGGAGGAGGCCGCCAAGCCAAAGAGUGUAUCUUCGCAGAGACUAUCUCCAAAGUGGUGUUUCCUUGACUCUACAACAGCAGAUCGCUUCUACAGGAUAGACAGAGCACAGGAACAUCUGAACUACGUAUCAGAAAUCUCCCAAGAAGAGAUCUUCAUCCUGGACCCUGAACUGGUAGUCAUGACAACGGUGGGCACCUCACCCUCAGCCAUGCCGGACCUGGUUACCCCCGCCUCCGGCCUGGUGAACAGCAGAGAAAGCACCUCUAGUCAGUCCUCCAACCAGGUGUUUGUGUACCCCAUCACCUCCACCUCAACCCCCCCUUCACCCUCUGCUCCCAGCAGCUCUUCCCAGAGGCAGCGAGUGAACAGUGACAGCUCUGCAGCUGAAGCUCUGACACACAGCGCUGCACCUGUGGCCAGCAAGCUCAGCAGGGCGGGUUGCAUCCAUCGUUCCAACACCACUGCUGCUGAUUUCAAACCAAGACUGAGACAGGAGAAGAUCCAGAAGACAAGUGAGGCUGAGAGGGAGCGAGAAACAGAGAUGUUGAUCCAGUGUGUGAAGAACAAGGAUGAGAAGAAGCUGCAGGAGCUGCACCUGAAGGGGGCGGAGCUUACGGUGAUUGACGCGUCAGGCUGCAGUCUGCUGCACCACGCCGUCUCUGCAGGAAGCAAGGAGAUGGUCCGCUACAUCCUGGACAAUGCUCCCAGUGAUCUGCUCGAUGUCACAGAAAAUCAGCAUGGGGAGACGGUUCUGCAUCGUGCUGCCUCUCUGUGCCACAGGACCAUCUGCCAUUACCUGGUGGAAGCAGGAGCCUCGCUGAUGAAGACAGACCUGCAGGGUGAGACUCCGAAGAACCGGGCUGAGAAAGCUCAGGACUCUGAACUGGCCGCCUACCUGGAGAACAGACAGCACUACCAGAUGAUCCAGAGAGAGGACCAGGAGACGGCCGUCUGACGGACCCUUUAUGAGCAGGAUGAAGACACUUCCUCAUGAGACUGACAGCCGCUCGCUGAUGGCGGGAUACCAUUCUGCUUUCCAGGAAAUGACUCGUCGGCAGACUGCGAGGGAAGCUGUGCCAAACGCGAUCGCAGCGGGGUGAUGCAGGUAACCAGAGGAGAUGUAAAUGAAGUCAUUCCUUUUCAUUUUGAGGCGCUCAGUAAUCAAAAGUGUUUGUGAAGUCGAGAAAAAAAGAGACAAUUUUCCUGACUCAGUGAUUCAAUUUGAAAGACUCGUUCUUUAAAGUUCUUUCAUAUCAAACACAUUCAAAAGACUCCUUCCUGAAACCAGAAGUGAUCAUCUGCCAUAUGUGAGUCAUAGUGUGGAGUUCUGAGGAGUGGAUGAGGUGAUGUCAUGGUGGAACAACACUCAGGAAAUGCCAUUUAUUCCACACAACCAUGGAGGCUGCAUCACAUUCCUGACCAAAAGGAAGGUGAGAUUCUGAAAUAUCCCGGGUGUAGGGAAUGUGGCGCCAGACGAAAGUUAAUUGAACAUGUUAAUUGAGUGUUGUCCCGGUGGUUAAAGGGCCAAAGACAAAGGUCAAGGGGUCAAAACACUUCAUAGAAAUCCGAUCACUGGCUUUUGAAAUACCUUGCCGUGGACCAAAGAUGUGUGCAUGAUGGCGUUCAGCUCAGAGCCAAUCAGAAUGCUUCAUGAACAUCAGGUUUCAUGAUUCACUCACACCCUGACGCUGAGCUCCAUCAUGGCUGAUGGCUGUGUGAUUAUUCCUUAUGUUGUGAACCUGCUUACCUUACCCGCAUGACCUUUUUAAGAUAUUGUACAUAUAUGAUGUUGACUUAUCUCAACUUCUAAUAGAGAUAACUAUUAUUUAUAAUAAUCAAUGUCAUGUUUUUUUGGUGCCUGUGCUGAAGAAUUUGAUAUCUGAGAAUGUCAAAUGACAUCAAGUGUGUGUAUGAUUAAAAGGAAAACAUAUAUUGUUAAUGUAUAUUAAGAUCGUUGUAUUAGAAUCAGAUCAUUUUGAUUAUUCCACGUGCCAAACUUCAACGCUUGUUUACAUAAAGAUCAUUGACAUUUGAAAUAGUGAUGAGUUCAACACUGUCAGGAUCGUGGGAUUUUUGAACGUCCUAACUUUGUGUGUAAUGAGGUUGUUAAAGAUUUUGUGAUCACUUAAUAGAAUAAACUCUGGAAUAAAAAGCAAACAAAAAUAUCUAGUUUACGGAAGAGGAUUAGGGGCCACACCUGACCAAAAGUAAAACAUGUUUUUGAGGUAUGACCUUAAUCUCAGGAUUCUGAGGGGAAAAAAGCCUUUUUUUUUAACUUUCAUUUCAGAAUCCCACAUCCCAACAUUUCUGCCCCUGGCCCUAAUCCUCUCCUGUACUAGUUGAGCUGUUUUGUUCGGCCUGUGAGUUUUAGCAUUGACAUGUGUCUUCAGAUUAGUUUAGCAUUGGCUCUUGCUUGUACUGCUAGCAUUGCUUUUAUGUUAUUAACAACUGUGGCCAAUCCAGUUGAUCUCUCAUGUUUAUGGCAGUUUUUGUUAAACACAUUGGUGUAAUUGUUAAAAAAUAUAAUUUUCUAAUUUGUUUUUGAGAUGAAUAUGAAGAUAAUAAAAGAAGGCAGUUUAUUUGA